GGUUGCGUGAGGCGUUGCAUCUGCAUACCUUCUUGUGCACCCGCCGUUACUACCCACAUACCGCCGACAAGCAACACUGUAGAAAAACCAAAGUGAACGUCAAGUCUUGGUCUCUUCCGGUCGGUGACUCUUCUCAAUCCUUUUUAGGUUGCGAAGUGAUCAUCCCCUGUUGCGCGCGUCUUCGUCUAGAAUCGCAUUGUAUCGGCGUCACGUUUCGAGAUCGAGUUCCAUUUCGAGGAUUCUCUAUUCCACAUCUUUGCGUCGUUACGUCUCCUAAUCGUCGUUGCGCAUUUUUGCCUACUAUUUACUACGAUAACAAACAACACCGAUAGAUUCGUCAACUACAAGCGCGCGAUCGUGAAUUCAGUAAAAGCUUGGGACAACAGGAUCAAAUAUCCAAUACCCCGCCUCGUUAUUUACCACCUCAUCUUUUUUUGUUCUCGAGCCGAACUGAACGAAGCUACGACAACUCCUUAACAAGAAUUGACAAUCUUCCGAUUUUUUUAUUCAGAACACCGCAACCGCUAGACCCCUCUUUUUUCGCACAUCGACCUUUUUUUUCUUCUUACCUACCUAAUUCUUCGCGUCUUCGGCAACAAUCUUAUUUUUUGUACGACGGUCGCAUUUCGUCUUCUAGCUACAAACAACAAUCCUUUGCUCAACAAUUCAUUCACCAUGGCCGACACUCCAGCUGCUUCACAGCUACCCCCGCCGCCUCAGCCGAAUGCAGGUGCGCCGGGGUUUGAUGGCCAGAACGGACAGGCCAACCCGGCUCACAUGCCGCCGCCUCCCCUCCACAUCCCACCCAACACGAACCCUAUCCCUACCGCCAUCACCUCUCCCAUGUCGGCCGUCGAUAAGGGUUCCGUGAUGUCGCCGAGCAGUGGAGGUCCUUUCCCGCGUCGUGCUGCGCCCGAACCUAACAAGCGCGCCCUGUAUGUCGGCGGCCUUGACCCUCGUGUUACGGAAGAUGUUUUGCGACAAAUCUUCGAGACUACUGGUCACGUUCAAAACGUGAAAAUCAUUCCGGAUAAGAACCAGAAGGGUUAUAACUAUGGUUUCGUUGAAUAUGAUGAUCCCGGCGCAGCGGAGCGUGCUAUGCAAACGCUCAAUGGUCGACGUGUUCAUCAAGCUGAGAUCCGCGUCAACUGGGCUUACCAGUCCAACACAACGAACAAGGAGGACACAUCGAGCCACUUCCAUAUCUUCGUGGGUGAUUUAUCCAACGAAGUCAAUGACGAAGUUCUGCUACAGGCCUUCUCCGCCUUUGGUACCAUCUCGGAAGCUCGUGUCAUGUGGGAUAUGAAGACUGGUCGUUCUCGUGGAUACGGCUUCGUCGCCUUCCGAGACCGCGCAGAUGCUGAGAAGGCGUUGAGUUCCAUGGACGGAGAGUGGUUGGGCUCACGCGCCAUUCGUUGCAACUGGGCCAACCAAAAGGGGCAGCCUUCAAUGGCUCAACAGCAGGCGAUGCAGGCUAUGGGCAUGACGCCUACUACCCCCUAUGGUCACCACCACUUCCCAACUCACGGCAUCCAGAGCUACGACAUGAUCGUCAACCAGACCCCCGCUUGGCAGACCACUUGCUACGUUGGCAACCUAACCCCCUACACUACUCAGAACGAUGUUGUUCCUCUUUUCCAGAACUUUGGUUACGUGACAGAAUCGCGCUUCCAAGCCGACCGUGGAUUUGCGUUCAUUAAGAUGGACACCCACGAGAACGCAGCGAUGGCCAUUUGUCAACUAAACGGAUACAACGUGAACGGACGACCUCUGAAGUGCAGCGUAAGUAGAACCCAGACCGAUCAGUUUGAAUUAGGAGAAAGUAUUGAUAUUAACAAUACGAUAGUGGGGCAAGGACAAGACCCCUAACGCUCAGGGCGGGUUCGACCCUUCGCAGCAAGCGUUCAGUCCUCAGAGCGCCCAAGCAUCUGCGUACCCCGGCACGCCCUCGACUUACUUCCCACAGUAUGGAGGUUAGUAAUUAUAUCUCGGGCGUUUCUACAUUAUCAGCGUGCUCACUUCUUUCUAGGUCAGUUUAGCGGUCAGCAACAGGCUUAUGGUGGCCCUCCGGCUCAGUCUCCUGCUGGCUACGGGGCCCAACCGAUGGGUUACGGUGGUCCGCCAAGUGCCGGAGGCUACGGUCGUGGCCAGCAGCCGCCCAACCAGCCGUGGACCCAGCCGCCGCCGGCGCAAGGCUUUCAAAGCGGUUAUCCUAGCUACCAGGGUUAGCAGACCACGGUCAGUAAGGGUAGUGGCAGGGACAACGGUCGUCGAGGACGUCGAGGACGCUGAUUUCUUUGGUGGAACAUUUGGUUGUACGGAGGUCCUCCGAACGCGUGCACUAGGUGUACGCUUGGUCCUGGUUUAGUCGCUUUCGAUUGAUUGAGCUCACACAUGGUGAGCAUAGGCAUCCCUAGGUAUUUUCGAUGGGGGUAUGCUACCCAUCUGCCAUGGGAUUUUUUU